UGAUCUGGCAAUACCCCUUGCGGGUAACUUCUACAUCGUUUUAUAUUUCUGCAAGCGGUCUUUUUUUGCAGAAACGAUGUUCUGAAAAUAAUUUUUGUGCAAAUUUCCAAAAAAAAAGUAGGCUGAGGUGGAGUUCUGUAAGAGAAUCCAAUAUAUUAAUUAGAGCAUUGAAUAUCUGUGAAAAUGUCAAAGAAAAUGUCACGAUAUCCCAGCGACAGGAAGGUAUAUGUGGGCGAUUUAGGCAAUAGCGCCAGAAAGAAUGAUUUAGAGUACGCUUUUGGUGCCUAUGGAACUUUGCGAAGCGUUUGGAUUGCACGUAAUCCACCGGGAUUUGCGUUUGUUGAAUUCGAAAGUGCCCGGGAUGCCGCUGAUGCUGUACGCGGUUUAGAUGGACGCACAGUUUGUGGCCGGCGCGCAAGGGUAGAACUGUCUACAGGAAAAUUUGCCGGGGGAGGAAGUGGGCGUGGUGAUCGACGUGGAAUGCGGGAUCGCCCACGCAGAAACAAUUUGGAUGAUAACAAAUGCUAUGAAUGUGGUGGAAGAGGACAUUAUGCUAGAGAAUGUCGGCGUCGUGAUAGUCGGCGGGGCAGCCGACGUCGAAGCAAUUCGCGCAGUCGUUCUCGCAGUGCUUCACGCACUCAUAGAUCCCGUUCACGAACUGCUGCUUCGGCAAGCCGAUCUCGCAGCCGAAGUCGUUCGAUUUCGCAAGCUAAAAGUUCACGCAAGUCGCGAGAUGUCGCUUACAAUAGUAAGUCACGAGAGAAUGGACGCGGCGCUACAGAGAAUGGUAGCACCUACCAUCGAUACAGUGAGGACGAACGCAAUGGGGGAACCGGAGGUGGCUCACCAUCACCAAAGCGACGCUAUGAUGAUUCUGUGUCGCCAUCACCUAGACGUAACAUUCCGACAAAGCGUAGUCGGCGUGGCGAUUCAUCACCAUCGCGAUCUAGUUCGCGCAGAGAUUAGCAGACGAAUGCUAUAGCAUUAAAAAUCACUUAUAGACACUGAGCUUAAUCUUCAAUGCUCGGUCGACGCAGUGCAUGACUAGACAGUUUUAAUCCUUUCUCUCAUUUAAAAUUGAACUCGCUCUUUAAAUUCAAACAGUUGGAAAUCGAAUUCCUGAAAUUCGACUAUUAUGCCGUGUGUCGUUUUAAGUAGAAAAACUUAAAAAUGCUAUAAACUGACUUCUUAAAUGAAGAUUCAAACAUUGUUUUGGAAACAUAAACAAAUGUAUUUACCACAAAUGAACAACCAUUACAAAGUCUGAAAACAUCUAUAGGCAGUGAAAUAAGCUAAAAAUUGCACACAACUUACAUUUUGUAUCCAUUAUAAUUUUGAUAUUUUUUAAGCUACUCAAUUU